AUGACAUCAAAGACUCAUGUACCCCAUAGACGUAAUAACAAAUCAGAAUGUCAGGAGUGUACGUGUAAAAUGGAUAAGAGUUUGAACAGAGGAAUGUUUAACAUUCAAUUCAAUUCAAUUCUUUAUUCACACUAUACAAGAUAUUUACAUAAGUGUACAUAGUAGGAAAAUAAAGUAGCUACAAAUAAUAAUUAACUAAAAGAUAUUAAGUUCAUUUGUGUACGGUGUCCAAAGUAGCAAGAGCUUUCUUGUUGGACACCGUCAUAUUGAAAUAAUUGGCAGCAGUAAAGAGAGGAAUAAAAUCUCAAAUAAUAUCAGUGAUAGAACAUAUAAGCAAGGUCAGAUUUGGCUGGUUAGAAGACAGGACUUCCAUUCAUUGUAUUGCGUGUUGUGUUUUUUCAUCUAACAAGUCUGAGAGUCGCAAGAUUUGUGUAGCUGGUUAUCAGUGUGACAAUAGUGAUUUUGAUUUUUGCAUUGCGGAACACAACGAGUUACCUGUGAUAAAAAUCUGUUCCGAUGAAGGAAGAGACGAUUGUCAACAAUUGAAACCAAAAGGGACUGAGGCUUCUCUUGGAACUACUGUGAUAACAGCAACAAUUCUUUUUAUUAUUUCAAUUUUGUUUAGCAGGGUGACGGUUAAUGUACUUUUUUUUGUAUUACGUGUUGUGUUUUUUCAUCUUAUUGUGUAUAGGUGGUUUUCAAGCAAUCUCGGGAGACACAAAUAACAAUGGUGACAUGAACAAAUGCUGGUGGACAGACAAAGCGAGCUACUUAGCGAUCUUUUGUUUACCGUCCACCAGCAUGGCGAUGAUGACGUAA